CCGGUCCGACGAUUUGACCCGACUUUGAGAGCCUCACCUCACCCCGCCUUCUUCUUCUCGAAUUCUCCGUCUCCCAUCUCCUCGCUGAAGAUUAGGGUUUAGGGUUUUUGCAAUUUCAUCUUGUCCUCUGCUCUUGUCGCUUUUGUUCUUUCUAAUAAUGAGAAAGUCGCGAACGAUUUGAGCUUUCAAUCCAUAAUCGGAGGUGGGAUCUCCUGCAAUAUACUUUAUCUAGCCAUGGCGGCAGUUACUCCGACGAAGUCGCAUCCGGCGAAUCCAUGCUGUGCUGCGUGGCAACUCGAGUGCGAGAAGAUGAAGAGGAUGAGACGUGCUUACAAGGAAACGGUGGAUCUUCUUAAGAAUGCUUUAGAAAAGGAACAGGAGGAGAUUCGUAAUCUCAAGAAAAAACAACAAGAGGAGGGUGUCAAGGCAGAUGUUGAUAGAGAGACGAAGGAGAAAGAAGAGUCUGCAAGAGUUUCUUUGGAGAAAGAAGUAUCUGAUCUGAAGUCUGAGUUAUCAUCACUGCAACAAAGAUUAGAGGAAAGCCUUGAAGAAAAGAAUGCGGAAAUGAUGCUUCUUCGUGGUCAAGUUUCUAAAGGUGAUAAGGAAAUCCAUCAACUGAAGGACCUUCUUCGCAAAGAAAAAUUAAGGGCAGAUAGUGUUGAAGAAGAAAGGAAAAAGGUUUGUGAAAAAUUAAGAAACAUAGAGGCUCUGAAAGAUGAGAACAAGAAGAAAAAGGAUACUGAUGAUGUCCUUAAGAGGCUUCUUGAAAACGAGAAGCAGAGGGCAGAAGUGGAGAGGAAGAAAGCAGAAUCAGAGAAAAAUAAAGCUGAUAAGUAUCUUUCCGAGUUGGAGGUGUUGAGAACUAAUGCUGAUAAGACUGGUUCUGAGUUGAUUGCUUUGCGUAAUAGUUUUGAGAUUGUAAGCAAACAGCUUAAUUUAGAAAAGCAAAAGAGAUCGAAGGAGAAAAAACACACAGUUAUGGAGUUUGCAAAAGCUAAGGAACAGAUGAAGCUGAUGGAGGAUUUGUCUAAGGAGUUGGAGAGGGUUAAAGGAAGUAACGAGGAGCUCAGGAACAAAAUGGAAUUACAGAUCGCUAGUAGCAAAGCAAAGAAUGCUGAAGACUCGACGAAACUCGAAGAGCAUGUAAGGCUCCUUGAGAUGCAUAAGAAAAUGGCCAUGGACUGGAAAUCCCGUGCUGAUGAUCUAGCUCAGCAAUUAAAAGAAGCAAGAUUAGUGACUGAAGAUUUACAAAAACGGCAGGAAGAAUUAUCAUCUUCUCAGAAAUCAGCAGAGACUAUGACUAUUUUGCCUCACAAGGUCAGACAUCUCGAAAGUGCUGAGGUAGAGUUGUUGAGAAAAGAACUGAAGUUUGAGAAGAAACGUGUAAAACAUGCCAAACAAUUGGCUAAACUCGAAAAAGUUCGGAGAGAAGUUCUGGUUGAUGAACUUGGUCGGCUGAAAGUGGAGUUCGCUCAUUUCUCAAAUCGCUUGAAUCUACUGGAUGACUACUUUUCAAGUGACGUGGAAGGUACAGAUGAUCGUCAGAAGGCUAAGGGCUGCAGAACCCUGCUGAGAUUAAAUGAAUUAUCCCAGGUGAACCUUAUUAGUAAAAACAAACCUUGUGAUGCAAGGUGCAACAUAGUAACCCGCUCUGGUUGUCAGGAGCAGGCACGGCAGUUUACUGCCCAGUUGAUUUCUAAAUCUGGACGGCACUUGAGUGAAUCCGCCGCAGGUACUAUUUCUGAAUUGAAGUCUCUGAUCGGAGGCUCUAAAAAAUUCGCGACUUGUGGUGUAAAUUCCAGCGCAACAUCUUUUUCUGAUGGACAGUUCAUCGCCUCACAGGAAAGAGGACAAUUCUCUGUUACUACCUCAGCUGAAAUUGGCAAAGAUAACAUGGAUAUCCAAACAACAAAUGCAAACAUGUCCCCGAGAAUUUCCGAUGCCAGUAAUAACGAAAACCUCUGUUUGGUGGGUGAAAACCAUCUUCAAAGUCAUCAGACUGAUAGUAGUGAGUUAGUUAGUGAGAGAAAGAGAAUGGUAGAGGCAGUUGAGUCCCUUAAGUAUCUGUACUCUGAGGAUAGGAAAUUGAGAUCACGUAUAGGAGAGAAGGUGAUGACUUUGCAGUCUAUGUUAGUAGGAAAUGUGAGUAGACCUUUUGUAGAGGAAGAAACUUCGUUGCCUGAUGUGCAAGACGGUUCCUGUAUAAAUCGUGGCGCCAAUCCCAAGAAGAAAAGGGGUCUUUGUGAGAUGAACACAAUAACACAGCGUUGUGAUGAGUCUAAACAGUCAAAGAAGAUAAAAUUGGCAGAUGCCAAAACAUGUGAAGAUCCACUGACCUCUGGAAAGACUCCUGAGCCAACAGGUAAUCCAAAAGGAAGUAAUUAUACUUCUGUGGAAAGGAUAUGCCUCUCCUCUGCAAAUAGACGUGAAACAGCUACUUUAGGUUUUGAGGAAGUUGAUGCUACAAACUAUAUGAAAUUGCUAGAGUUGGACAAAUCAGAGGAUGAAGAAUGUUACAAGUUGGCCAUAGAAGUGCCUCUCUCCCCAAAUCUUCCUGAGAUAGAUUUUCAGGUUGGCGAGAUGGUGGUGGGGGACGACCAAAAUCCCUCUAGAGCUCUUGAUUUGGUCGGUGGUAAUAGUGGUGAUUUGUUUGACACUCAGAAUCCUUUAAUGGCAUUGGGAAUGUCUUCCGUGCAGGCAAAAGUAUGUGAAUAUGGUCCUUUACGUGGUCAUAUCCCUAAGUACUUGGUUUUGUUUUCAAAUAUUAAAAACCGGGGAAGUGUCAUUAGAAUUGUCCAUGCUACAAACAAAUGUAUUCACCGAUGCCCAUCAGCUGCAAAAGUAGAGUCCGCAUUCCAGGAGAUUCUGUUGUCACUGAAGAUGGAGAAGAACCUGUCGGUCCUGGAAAGGGCCUGUGUAUUGCUCUCCUCGUUGUUGCAUAACUUCUCCAUGGACGCUUCAAUGAAAAUUGGGAACACACUGAAUAUCGAUACUUUGUCCUGCUUGGAUUCUUUCUCAAGGCGUAUAUAUGGAGUUAUUGCUGAUGCGGAUAGCAGAGCUAUGCUUUCAGAGAUAUUGGACGAGCUCCUUGGCCUCCUUCAGGACUUCCUCUGUGAACAGAGGGUAUUGUGUUCCGUUACAUCCUCAGAUACAUCUGAAUCAAGUAUCAAUGUCUGCUUGGAUGGAGAAAAUGUAGCAUUCCAUAAAAGGGUUGCUCCAAUUGAUUGUCUGGUUACUAGCUCUGCUAUUUUUGCAGCAAUCUGUGCUUCAGUCAAUGGUGUGGGGUUUAUUUGCGAGGCUUCUUUUGAAAUCCUCUAUAAGAAAAGUCACGAGAAAAAUACCUCUGUGCUACUGACUAUUCUACAUGUCUUCGUAUAUGUUGCUGGAGAGAAACUGUUGUCCUCGAGGGAGCAUAAUUUGCCAAUUACCGUGUUGAAAUCGAUCAUCAAGUUUCUAGAAGACAGUUAUUUACAUACUAAGGAGAGCGAGGCAGAGUUGCAUCCCGGUAAGGAGUGUCCAUUCUCAGACGAGUCUUCCUCUCUGGAGGAUGUUGCAUCUUUGCUCUUGGAAAUUCUUCAGAAGUUUGCUCAGUCCAAAACCAUGCAUCAGAGUCUGACCAGUUCAUCGGCUUCUGAUCCCGUUCCCAUUGCGGAGAAGACCAAAAUCAGUCCGAUGCUUGAAGAUUUCCCGUUUCUACUCGAUGCAAGGUGUGAAGCAUCUUGCUGUUUACACAAGAACCAAUCAGAGAAUAUGGAUACCGGGGCAUUGUGUCAACUCUGUGACGUUCUAUCGUUGGUGGAACUUGUCGCGGGUUACAUGGCUUGGGAUUGGACAAGUGCCAAUGUUGUUGCUCCGCUGUUGAAGAUGUUGGAGACGCCACUAGAAAUGGACUUCUCUAUUGCAAUUGUCUCGCUUCUCGGGCAACUUGGCAGUAUUGGGGUUGAAUCUGGUGGCUAUGAAGAUGGAGGAAUCGAAAGCUUGAGAGACAAAUUAAGUGAACUUUUGCAAUGUGAGACAAGAAGCCUUAAAGCCGGUUUCACAGUGCAGAUAGCAACCGUGAGUUCUCUCCUGAAACUGUUACCACCGGAUUGCGUGAAAAUUGGCCAAAAUGCCGCCGCCGCCACCACGAAGCUAGCAGAUCCUCCGAGGAUCUCGAGUCCGGCUGCUCUCGUUGCAAAAUGGUUAUCGUUACUGAGCGACGAACAGAGGGCCUUCUCGUCUGAGUUCUUACAAGCAUCAUCUCCCCUAGUUGCCAGAUGAGAAAACACUAGUGGAGCAUGAACGUAGCAAAAUUUUGGAUGUAUUCGUUCCGGGGUUUGGUUUGGUCCUGAAAUGAGGAAAGUGUAUGGUGCUUCUUGGAUCCAGCCUUGAUGAAAGGGGUUCACGUUAUGUAUA